GGAAGUCCAGGAGGUUUACAGCGGAACCUUCCCGGAGCUGCACGCUGACUCGUCUUGCCGGUGUCCACCGACCCACCCACGUAUCAACCCGCUCCUGGAGCGGUACUGUAUCCGGAACGGCGACCCUGACAAUACAGCGAACAUCCAGCUGAGGCUGGACGACGAUGCCCACCCCCUGGCUUACAUCAACGAUGACGAUCUCAGCUCGAGAUGGGUUUCAGACUUCUUCUCCAGCAUUCCAGGCGACACAGUAACCAUUGACAUUGAUCUUUCUAAUGGACAGUAUGAGGUUUACUACGUCAUUGUGAACUUCUACAACCCACAACCCAAGUAUGUGACGAUCCGGAGGAAAAAGACAGACACGUCACCUUGGGAGGACUGGCAGUUCUAUGCUGAAGACUGUGCACAGUUUGGACUAAGCAACAAUGGAGAACUGAGCAAUCCAGCCUCUGUCAACUGUCUACAGUUUCCAAGCAACCCAGCCAACAAUGAUGCAAACAUCACCUUCUCCCUGCUGUCAGCUGCACCCAUCGAGCGACCAGGCUACAACGCCUACUACAACACACCUGAACUCAUGGAGUUUGUAAAGGCCACACAAGUAAGAGUGAUCAUGCAGGACCAGUACUAUACAGGUGAAGCUCAGGUCAAUGCUCGAGCCAAGUUCUAUGGGCUAUCUGGCAUCACAGUUUCUGGAAGGUGUAUUUGCUAUGGACAUGCUUCAUCAUGUGACAUGGAGCAGGACACUUACGUGUGCCGCUGUCUGGAAACCAGCUUCACACAAGGAAACAAUUGUGAGGAGUGCCAGCCGCUGUACAACGACAAGCCGUUCCGACACGGAGAUAACCUGAACGCGUACAACUGCCGUCCCUGCCUGUGUCAUGGCCAUGCAGACAGCUGCCACUACAACGAGUCGGUGGACCCCUUCCCAAACAACCACUUAUCGGGUGGAGGUGGUGUGUGUGAUAACUGUCAACAUAACACCAUAGGGAGACAGUGUGACACGUGUGCUGAUGAGUUCUACAGGGAGACAGGCAAGCCUCUGGAUGCUGUGGAUGUGUGCACACCAUGUGACUGUAAUGCUACUGGUGUGGAUGAUGACUCCUUGGUUUGUGACAAGGAUGGAGGCCAGUGUGCCUGUAAGACCCAGGUGGAGGGUCGACGGUGUGACAGGUGCCGUGCAGGUUACUUUAACCUGACCGAGACCAACCCUGGCGGUUGUGAGGACUGCAGCUGUAGCCUGGCUGGUACAGAGGGUGGGGAUAUCACCUGUGGUGACACUGGACAGUGCAACUGCAAGGCUAAUGUCAUCAAUCUUAAGUGCGACCGCUGUAACUACGGCUACAAGCUCCUGACUGCCAGUAACCCUAACGGGUGCGAGCCCUGCCAGUGUAACACUUACGGCUCCACCAGUCAGUUCUGUAACCCAGACACAGGCCAGUGCCAGUGCAAGACUAAUGUGGAAGGUGUCCUCUGUGACACCUGUGUGGAUGACUACUAUGGGCUGGAUGGUAGCGGGUGUAAAGCAUGUGUUUGUAAUGCUGAUGGUACUGAAACAGGGACCUUCUGUAACAAGACAUCCGGGCAGUGUGUGUGUAAGGCUUAUGUUCAGGGCCACACUUGUGAUGAGUGCAGGGAUGGGUUCUAUAGCCUGGGUGCCAGUCCUGCCCUGGGAUGUGUUCCAUGCACCUGUACAACCGCUGGUACAGUUGGCAGCACGACUGUCUGCAACAAGACUAAUGGAGUGUGUCCGUGUAAGACGUUUGUGAGUGGAGACAACUGUAACCAGUGUCAGGAGAACUACUGGGGUCUGGACCAGGCUAACCCUGAUGGCUGCCAGCCCUGCAGCUGUGACCCCACAGGAACAGUGGCAGGUACAGCAUGUAACCAGGCCACUGGCCAGUGCACCUGUCUAGCAAACAGGGAGGGUCGCAGGUGCGACACCUGUUCAGCAGGAUAUUACGUGGCGCCCAACGGUGGAAAUGGUUGUCUGGAGUGUAACUGCAACGCUGCAGGGACCCAGGCUGGAACAGUCUGUGAUGCAGACACUGGGCAGUGUCAGUGCAAGCUCAACUCCGGGGUGGGGGGCCGGGCUUGUGAUGAGUGCCUGCCUGAAUAUUUUAACUUUGAUCCUGGCUCUGGCAGCUGCUCCCCGUGUGGUUGUGACCCAGCAGGGAGUACCAACACCUCCUGUAACCCUAACACUGGACAGUGUGAGUGUAAGCAGUUUGUGGAGGGGGACAAAUGUGACACCUGUGUGGCUGGAUCCAGCAACCUUCAGGAGAGCAACCCAUUUGGCUGCAGCAAAGCUCCAUCACAGAUGCCACAGCCAGUGGGAACUCCCUCUGCAUCCACAGUCAUCACCCUGAGAUGGGAGCCACCAGACUUCCCCAAUGGGAACUACCUUCAGUACUAUCUCUACAGGGACAACCAGCAAAUCUACUCUGUCAACGACACUCUGCCAUUUGACACCCAAGAGUAUGAGGACACUGCCCUGACCCCGUUCACCCAGUACACGUACUACGUACGGGCGACCAACUCUGAUGGCCAUGCCGACAGCCCAACCAUCGCAGUACAGACACUAUCAGGGAUACCCACAGGGGAUGCUGUUCUGGAGGUCAGCCAAAUACAGGCAACAAGUGCAUUCUUCCGUUGGCAACCACCAUCCAAUGCCAAUGGUCCUAUCAACAACUAUGUGCUGACCUCGGUGACCCCAAGCCGCCCCACCCCCAACUCUCACUACACCGGCCUAGCAACAGAACAGCUGAUCACAGACCUCAUCCCCUUCACUAACUACACCUUCACCCUGGAGGCCUGCACUAGUGGGGGAUGUGGGGUCAGCGACCCUGUGGUGUUUACCACCUUCCAGGCAGCACCUGAGGGUCAGGGUGCGCCCACCAUCACUGCUCUGUCUCCUACUGAGCUGUACAUAGACUGGGACUAUCCUCUUCAACCCAAUGGCAUCAUCAUCAGGAAUGAGCUAUGGAUGCGAGGAAAGCCUAAUUCCCAGGGAGUUCAUAUCCCUCCAGCCAACCUCAUCUUUGAGUCUGUGGGUUUUUACAACCCCCGACCAGUCCAAACUGCAAAUGAGAAUGCACUUCCUCCUCCAGAAACAAACUACACAAAGGAGGGUCUGUCUCCCUACACAGAGUAUGAGUUCCAGGUGCGUUCCCAGAACCAGGCUCUGCAGCAGAACACAGACACUAGUCCCUGGGUCACAGGAAGGACAGCUGAAGCAGCCCCCCUCUCAAUGACAACCCCGACAGUGGUGGGUGUUUCCUCUUCGGAGGUGAAUGUGACCUGGCAGGAACCAGACGUGACCCAGGCCAGGGGGGAGAUCCUGCGGUAUGAGGUCUACAUUGUGCGCACGUCAACAGAUCCGUUUGCACCUCCAGAUCAAGCUGAGCUCCUGUACACAGCAGGUGGCUCAGAGUUCUCUUAUGUAGCUGGAGGAUUCACGCCUUACUCCCAGCAGAGGUUCAGGAUCACUGCAUGUAACAGUGUGGGCUGUGUGGACAGUGCUGAGGGGAGGGGCACCACACUUCCUGAAGCCCCAAGUGGUCAAGCCCCUGCCAUUGCUGACGGUUAUAACUCCUCUGUUGUGACCGUUACCUGGUCACCCCCCGCACAGCUGAAUGGACCAGCCCCUAACUACGAGCUGCGCCGGUUGCCAUCCUCCUUCUCCACAUCUCCUCCCCAGGUGUUCAAAGGGACGUACUUCCCCGGGGCGGGGUACAGGAGGUUUCCUGGUACACUACUGCCUGCAAACGCUGCAUUCACAGGUAUCAGACUGUCCUUCAAGACUGCCCACCCCGAUGGACUGAUACUGUUUGCAGUAUCAUCUGACACAGCACAGAGCGAGUACCUUGUCAUACAGCUGGUGAACGGUCGGCCGUGGUUCCUGUUUGAUGUGCAGGAUGCAUCAACUGCUGUAACAACCACAAAUGAUGCAGGUAGACGGUAUGAUGAUGGCCAGUGGCACGAGUUGGAGGCAUUCCGAAACCAAAGAGUUGGAACACUGACUGUAGAUGGUUAUGAAGGAACUGCAACAUCCUCAGGAACCUCCAAUAUCAUCGGCAGCAUGACUCACCUGUACCUAGGGGGCAUUCCUCCAGACUUCCAGUUGGUGAGGACUGACACAGGAGACAGGGAGACCAGCCGUGUGGGAUACCUGGGCUGUUUGAAGGAUGUCACCAUCCUGUCCUCCAUCUCUCCUUCCUUUACCUGGACACCUGUAGACUGGACCCAGGCAACGGGAAGUGCCAAUGUCCCUGCAUACUGGGAGGGCUGUGUCUCUGGACUACAGUCAGGGGUACACUUUAAAGGAAGAGGUUACAUCAAGCUACCGACCGGAACAUUUUCUGGAGGCGCAAACUUUGAUGUGAGUUUCCAGUUCCGCACAGAGAUCCUGACAGGACUGAUGCUGUUCUCCUUUGGCAGCACUGGGGACAGCUACCUGGUGGUGGAGCUGAACAUGGGAAGUCUACAGGUUGAAGUUGCCUCAGGUGCAACCAGUAUCCGUGCGGAGACCACACCCUCAGAUGUGUUCAGACUAUGUGACGGUGCCUGGCACACUGUGACUAUAGAAAAGAAUGCUGGUACCAUCAGCAUAGACAUAGACAGUGGUAAUAUCACAGCAACAAGGACUGGCUCAUCCUUCACAGUAGCUCUAGACUCACACUUGUACGUUGGAGGGUUGCCAGUGGAGGGAGAGGCUGCUCAGGUUGUCUCAACCAAGAAUCUGGAUCUCCAGCCAGGUUUUGGAGGUUGCCUGAAGGAGCUGAGUUUUAACAGUGGUGCUGCAGUAAACUUCAUCCUUCCUGACUUGGAGGUGGCCAAUGUUGCUUUGGACGGGUGCCCGCCGGAUAGGUCCAUGAGGGUGUGCAUGAGUGACACUACCAGCCAGCUAUACACGGGUCAGGCACUCAGCUUCCUGGACACUACUGGACUGUUACCAUUCACCGCGUACCUAUACCAGGUGAUCAGUAGCAACCCAGCUGGCUCAACUCUCAGCCAGUGGAGCUCUGGGAGGACACGAGAAGGAGCUCCUACAGGACUGGUGGCCCUGAAUGACCCUGUGGAUUACAGUGGGUAUGUUGUGGGCAUCAGAUGGCAGCACCCCUCUGGGAAUAGUGGUGUGAUCCAACAGUAUACCCUCAGGGCUUACAACCUAGACAGGCCUGAAUAUGCUCCAGUAGACACCAACAUCACUGACUCUGAGCUGACGCAAGGGAACAUGACAAACCUGAUCCCCUUCACCAACUAUGACCUCCGCCUGGUGGCCAGUACAGAGGGAGGCAGCACUGAGGGGCCAGGACUCAGGCACAGAACUGUACAGGAAGUUCCCGACGACGUUAGCCCACCGUAUGCAACAGCCACCUCAGCCACAGAGCUGACUUUAAGGUGGGAGGAGCCAGACCGACCUAAUGGUCUCAUCCAGGGCUACAACCUCUUCAGGGAUGGCUCUCCUAUCAGCAGAAGUGACAACUUACUCCGAGUCCAUACUGUCACUGGGCUGACAGUCUUCACAACAUACCGCUUCAUGGUGGAGGCCUGUAAUGCCAAGGGGUGUACCCAGAGUCCUGAGGCUGUUAUAACCACCUCACAGCUCUCACCCUCCCGCAUGGACCCUCCCACGCUUCAGGUCCGAGGGGCAAAGGAGAUAUUUGCAGAGUGGAUCGAGCCUUUGGAGCUGAAUGGCAUCCUGGAGAGGUACAUAGUGUACAGGUCUGAGGUACAGGCUGAUCUAGGAGAGGUGGUGUACAACAGUACAGCCACUGCCUUCAGGGACUACACUCUUACCAACCUGACUGGUGGGACAACAUACUACAUCAGGGUGGCAGCAUGUACAGGGGAGGGCUGUAGAACCACGGCUCCAUCUGUAGCCACUACAGAGGAGAGUGCGCCGGAGGGGGUUCCAGCACCAACAGUGGAGUCUGACAGUCCUUCACACAUCAGAGCCUCCUGGGGGCCACCCAGGAUACCUAACGGUGUGAUCAUCAGCUAUGCGCUGUACAUGAAUGAUGUUCCAGUACAGAACACAUCCAACCUGAUGAUGUAUGAGGCAGACGGCCUGUCAGCGUGGAGUUUACACUACUUCCAGGUCCAGGCAUGCACAGCAAGGGGAUGUGGGCUGGGACCAAAGGUCAGUGGCAGGACACAAGAGGCUGCCCCAGAGGGAACCGUGACCCUGGAGAUCUCAGUACUGGACAGUAGGUCUGUCCGAGCACGUUGGAGUGGCGUCGGCCGACCGAAUGGGAAUGUGUCAUACAGCGUGCAGUUUACUGGGAUCUACUACAGGGACCCGGAUAACUGGGACUACACCACAGUGAGAGACACCCGGUCUCUGUACAUCAGCCUGGUAACUGAUGAGUGGGUGACCAUCCCAGGCCUCAUCCCCUACUCCACAUACACUGUACAGGUCAACGCUUCCAACACAAAGGGCUCCAUUCUUAGCAACACUCGUGCAGCUACAAUGCCACAAGGAGCUCCUGAUGGAGUUCGCCCCCCCACCCUGGAGGCAGCAUCUGCCACGUCCAUCCGAGCCACCUGGGAUGCAGUCGGCAGGAACAAUGCACCUGGCAAUGCAGACUACAGGUUGGAGUACAGGCAAGCAGGCAGCAACAGUGGGCAAAUUUUUUUUGGACCAUCCACAUCCAGGAGUCACACCCAGACAGGUCUGAGACCUUACACGGAGUAUGAAUUCAGGGUGAUCGCAGGAAACAACUAUGGCCAAACAGAGAGUGAAUGGGCGGCACAGUUCACCGCAGGGGACCGCCCUGGUUCCGUCGAUGCUCCCCUGGUGGAAGUGAUUGAUGCCUACACCCUACAUGUGACCUGGGAGCGUCCUGCAGAGCCCAAUGGCAUCCUGACAGAGUACAGACUGUACCAGAACAGUGCACGACAAGUUACAGUGAGUUCAGCAUACCUAUUCAGGCUCCAGAGCAAGCAUGUAAUUCUGGUUUGCCAUCAGGGGAGGCUACUGAAGAAUGUUGAUUUUUGAGUCCAGUUUAUGUUACAUUGCAU